UUCUAUACAAAUUUAAUGUUGAUGGUAUUGCCCAUUUGUUUCUUGGUGUGAAUUAUAAUGUUUUUAUGGACUUCUAUAAGUUAUGGCUUUUAUUAGAAAUGAAUUAUAACUUUUGUGUUUUAAAAAAACAAUUUAGAUAGGGUAUAUUCAUGUAUUAGAUAUAAGGUGUUUGUUUUAAUGUUUCUAAGAGCUAAUUCUUGAGUUUUUGAAGGAUUUGAGAAACUGAGUAUGUAAAUCUUCAAAAAAGAAAAAAUUACAAACUACUUCCCGUGGUUUCAAUUUAAGUGUCUUACUUUCCUUUUUAGUAUGUCCCAGAAAGAGUGCCUCUUUCUAUAUUUAGUAAGUUGGCAAUUCAAACACCCUACAUGACAAGUUUAUAAUCCCAAGAUUCAAACGAUGUUUUCGUACAUUAUACGUAUCUUUAAUUUAGGACCAUAACAUUCAAAAGUUUCUCUUUAUUUUUUAAACUGCGUGCCUAAUCAUACUAAUACACUUAAAUUGGGACGGAGGGAGUAUCUUUUUUUUUUUUUGGUGGCCAAAACAGUUCAAACAAACAUUUCUUACAAACACUCAUAUGCAAACUCAGUUUUUGGAAGCUCCACCUUGUUACUUUGUUGAAAGCUUUUAACAGAUUAGGUGAUUUUAUCCAAUUUUGGUGGUCUGAGAUUAUUCAUUUGUUGGAACAUAAGGAGUUGACUGUUACUAUAAUGCUAUAAUGAUGGGAAGCCAUUGCUAAAGAUGAAAAGACAAGGAGCAUUUGAGGGGUCGUCAUUUGUAUAUAUCGGGAUGUGGAACCCUUGUGCAGGCAGGAAGAUAAUGUUCAGAUCAUCCCUUCUAAAGGCUGUGUCUAAACAGCUUAGUUAUCAUCCAGCUGUCACUAAACAGCUCUGUCGUCAUCCUUUCCAGUUUCAUUCAGAGAGAGGAAUGCACAGAAGAAAUAAGAAGGCAAUGGAGUUCAUAGCUAAAGGGUGGAAUGCUCUGCAGGAAGUUGAUAGAGUAAUUGAUUACUGUGAGAUGAAUGACAAACGUCUCAUUCCUUCACUUAAGACAGCAAAGGAGAAUUUUGAGUUGGCCCUGGAAGCAGACAACUCAAAUACGCAUGCGAGAUAUUGGCUUUCAAAACUUCAUCUCAAGUACCAUGUCCCUGGGGCAUGCAAAGCUGUAGGGGCUGCUUUGUUGGUGGAAGCUGCAGAGAUGGGUGAUCCAGAAGCUCAAUUUGAAUUAGGUUGCCGUUUAAGAGUUGAGAAUGAGUAUGUGCAAUCAGAUCAGCAGGCAUUUUACUACUUGGAGAAGGCUGUUGACCAGUUGCAUCCAGGUGCACUUUACCUCUUAGGUGCUGUGUAUCUUACUGGGGAUUGCGUGAAAAAAGAUGUUGGCUCUGCAUUGUGGUGCUUCCAUAGAGCAUCUCAGAAGGGUCAUGCUGGAGCAGCUGUAGCUUGUGGAUCCCUUCUACUCACAGGUGUGGAACUUCCAGAAUCAAUAACAAAAUUUUAUAUGAAGAGGGGGGCCUCAAGCAGAAUAUCAAAGAGGAAUGGAAUUGAUCCUGAGCUUAAUCCGAUUGAUCUGGCCCGAGAACAAUUUGAAAUUGCUGCAAAAGCAGGAUCUGACCUUGGAUUUAGAUGGUUACAAAGACUUGCCGAGGAAUUGAAAUGUCUGCAGUCUUCCUAGUUUAUGAAUAUCAGAGACUCUAAAAGAGUCUAUUGAUUAUGUACCUACGUGGAAAAGUUUGAAACUAUACAUCUGAUGCUACAUCUCGUAUUCGUUCAUUUUAGAUUGAGAUUGUGCUGGGAAACAGUGAGAAAUUCGAUGAUGAGUCAAUGGCUGCUGCAACUGAAAUAUCUUGGGAAUGAUGAGAAACAGAGUCAAGCUUGAUGAGAAACAGAGUCAAGAGCAAGCUGUGUUUUCUUCAUUUUUUUGUUGUAUGUCCUUAAUUAGGAAAAUAUGAACUUUUGGAGUCAGCUUUUUGGUGCAAGAAAAGAAGAGGGAAUUUGUUAGGGAUAUAUUGUUUUCUGCUAGGGAAGUGUUUUUUGCUUAACAUCUUUGGCCUUUUUGCUGAAUGUAUAUUAUGGCUUGAUCAUGGAAUGCUGAAAAGUGAAUAAGAGAUGAUUGAUUGUUUCUCUUAAA